AUGCCACUAUCAAAGCAGUUUUACAGGGCUAUGGAGCCCACGACAAGCUGGAUCCUGGCUUUGUCUUUGAUUCUUGCUCUGCAGGGUGCUGCUCGUGCUGCUCCAUCAGGCGACAACAAGCUGGUUCGAACCACCAGACUGAGGAGACAAACCCCAGGGGGGGAUCAUCCGCCCUCUGCUUCGUCCCUCAACCAGACCCUGCAGGAGCAACCUCUGGUCUUUAACCAUGUCUACAACAUAAAUGUACCUUUGGAGUCUCUGUGCUCCGUUGACCUGGACGCCUCUGCCUCUCCAGAAUCAGAUCCUCAUGCCGAGUUGGGAUCUAGAGCUUCAGUAGAGGGUCCAGUGGACCCAAAUGGACCAACAGAAUACACUGAGCAGACAAUGGAUGCUGAAAGCCAGGUAACGUUCACUCAUCGUAUCAAUAUCCCCAAAGUAGCUUGUGGUUGUCCAGCAAUAAGCAGCAUCCAGCAGCUCAUCACCAGAGUGGAGAUGCUGGAGAGAGAGGUGACCAUGCUCAGAGCUCAGUGUGCAUCCGGAUGCUGCAGCGAGGGCUCUGCCAUGGGUCGGUUGGACUUUGUCCCAGGAUGCAGCGGUCAUGGAAGCUUCAAUUUUGAUCUGUGUGGUUGCGUCUGCGAGGACGGCUGGACUGGCAAAAACUGCUCGGAGCCCCGCUGCCCGAACGACUGCUCUGGGCAGGGUAUGUGUAUCGAAGGGGAGUGUGUGUGCGACCGUGACUUUGGAGGAGACAACUGUUCAGAGCCUCGCUGCCCCUCGGACUGCUCAGGUCGUGGGUUGUGUAUCGACGGAGAGUGCGUGUGCGAGGAGUCCUUCACAGGCGACGACUGCAUGGUUGGAAGAUGUCUCAAUGACUGCUCGGAUCAGGGGUUGUGUGUUAACGGGUCGUGCCACUGUCGGCCUGGCUAUGUGGGAGAAGACUGCUCAUUGGUGUACUGCGCCAACAACUGCAGCAAGAAGGGGGUCUGCAAGGAGGGUUUCUGUGUCUGCCAGGAUGGAUUCGCUGGAGAUGACUGUAACUCUGUGGCACCAGCCAUGAACCUGAAUGUACGAGGGGUAACGGAUCAAACCAUUGACUUGGAGUGGGAAGGGUCCGUCAUGGUCACCGAUUUUUUAGUGACCUACACACCAAGCAGUCCUGGUGGUGUGCAGCUAGAGAUAAGGCUUCCAGGCAAUACAACCUCAUGGACAAUCUCAGGGCUGGAAGCAGGCAUGGAGUACAACGUCAAUGUGUUUGCUGUCAUCAACAACACAAUCAGCGUUCCUGCCAGUAUUACUGUUUGGACCUAUCUCUCCAAUCCAGAUGGUUUAGUCUUCAAAUCUAUCACAGAGACGUCAGUGGAGGUCCAGUGGAAACCCUUCUACUAUUCCUUUGAUGGAUGGGAGAUCAGCUUCAUCCCCAAGGACAACGAUGGAGGAAUGACUGCUCAGCUACCCAGCACUAUCACAACGUUUGUACAAACUGGUUUGAGGCCAGGAGAGGAGUACACCAUCAACCUGGUGGCGCUCAGAGACCAGGGUCGAAGUCAGCCGGUCACAGCCACAUUCACAACACUGAUUGAUGGUCCCACACAGCUGAUUGUGCGAGACGUCUCAGACACAGUAGCUUUUGUGGAAUGGAUGCCGCCAAAAGCAAAGAUUGAUCAGAUUGUAUUGGGUUAUGGCCUAGCCGGAGGGGACGGGCCACGGACUACCUUUCGCCUCCAGCCCACACUUACCCAGUACUCUCUUCAGGUUCUUCGUCCCGGCUCUCGGUAUGAGGUGACCGUGAGCGGAGUGAGGAAGGGAAACGAGAGCGGAUCCAUUUCCACUGAAUUUACAACCGAGAUCGAUGCUCCCAAGAACUUACGGCUUGUGUCCAAGACCUCCACUACCCUCGAGCUUGAAUGGGAUAACAGUGAAGCUGAGGUGGAGGGAUAUCAGGUGGUGUACAGCACUUUAGCUGGAGAUCAGUAUGACAAAGUCGUUGUACCACUCAAUGAGGGCGUCACCACUAAAACUACUCUCACAGAUCUAUUGCCGGGUACAGAGUACGGCAUUGGCAUCUCUGCCAUGAAAGAUGGCAACCAGAGCACACCAGCCACAAUGAACGCAAGGACAGGUCUAGACGUACCCCUGGAUCUAACUGUGACCGCCUCGACUGACAACACCAUCACUCUGGUGUGGGGUGUGGUCCAGGGUCCGAUCGAUCACUACAGGGUCACCUACACAUCUUCCUCUGGCGUCACAACCGAACUGACAGUGCCCAGAGAUAUAACUACGACCACGCUGACAGAUCUGGAGCCUGGAACUGAAUACACCAUUACUGUGGCAGCAAGACGAGGGAGACAGCAGAGCACAGCGGCAACUAUAGAUGCCUUCACAGGAAUCAGACCUGUGAGCCACCUCUACGUGUCAGAGGUGACGUCAGACUCAGUAUUAGUGGCGUGGACCUCCCCAGCACCCCCUGCUGACCUCUUCAUCCUGAGCUACAGCUCUGCAGACAGGACAGACACAUCUAAGGUGACACUGGAUGGCUCCAAGACGAGGUCACUGGUCCAGGGCCUUCUGCCUUCCACUCACUACACGAUCAGUCUAAUCACAAUACAGGGGGAUGUUACCUCUGAGGCCAUUACAGCAUCUCUCACUACAGGCAUGGACCCGCCAAAAGAGUUGACGAUGUCAGACGUGACUGAGGAUUCAGUGACGAUCUCUUGGAUCAAGCCUCUCGCUCUGUUUGAAUACUACAAACUCUCCUACCAGUCAGCCAAAGGUCGGGUGGACAGUGAGAUGAUUGACAGCGACGUGACAAACUACACGUUGUCCAGCUUGUUUCCUGCCACUGAGUAUGAGAUCAACAUCAGUGCUGUCAGAGGGAGUCAGGAGAGCAAAGUUGUCACCACGUCUGUGUUCACAGCAAUGGAUAUGCCUGCUGAGCUGACAGCCCUCAACAUCACUCCACAAGGAGCCUUGCUGAGGUGGAAUCCCCCCUUGUCCAUCGUGGACAACUACGUGCUUACUGUCACACAUAACCAGCUGACAGCAGAUACUUUCCUGGUGCAAGGCAACAAGCAGGAGCACCAGCUUUCCAAUCUCAAGCCAAGUACAACCUACUCUGUAUCCCUGUACGCCACCAAAGGACCCCUCACAAGCGGCACUGUCAUCACCAACCUCCAAACACCCAUGGAUGCACCUGUGAACCUGACAGCCAGUGAGGUGAACCACCGCAGCGCUCUCAUUUCCUGGCAACCGCCAGUCACAGAGAUUGACAAUUACAUGCUCACCUACAAGACACCUGAUGGGAGCCGUAAAGAGCUGAUUCUUGAUGCAGAGGACACUUGGGUUCGACUGGAGGGAUUGGCUGAGACAACGGAGUACUCUGUCAAUCUUCAGGCGGCAAGAGGACUCGAUACCAGCGCUGUGGUUGCCACUACUUUUACCACAGGGAGUCGUCUGUUUGCAACACCUCAGAACUGUGCCCAACACCUGCUGAACGGAGAGACUCUGAGUGGUGUCUACACAAUUUACAUCAACAGGGACCCAAACCAGGGUGUGCAGGUGUACUGUGACAUGACCACAGAUGAAGGAGGCUGGGCUGUAUUCCAGCGUCGUCAAAAUGGCCUGACGGACUUCUCCAGGAAGUGGAGUGACUAUCGUGUUGGAUUUGGAAAUCUAGAGGAUGAGUUUUGGCUGGGUCUUGACAACAUCCAGAGGAUUGCUGCUCAAGGCCGCUAUGAGCUGAGAAUUGACAUGAGGGACGGACAAGAAUCAGUCUAUGCUAAUUAUGACAAGUUCUCCAUUGGAGAUGCAAGAAACCUCUACAAGCUCAGGAUAGGAGAGUACAAUGGCACUGCUGGUGAUUCUCUCAGUUACCAUCAGAGCCGGCCCUUUUCUACUAAAGACAGAGACAAUGACAUCGCUGUCACAAACUGUGCCUUGUCUUACAAAGGAGCCUGGUGGUACAAGAACUGCCACCGGGCCAACCUGAACGGCAAAUAUGGCGAGUCCAGACACAGUCAGGGUAUUAACUGGUAUCACUGGAAAGGCCAUGAGUUCUCCAUCCCCUUUGUGGAGAUGAAGAUGAGGCCGUUCAACUUCCGUAGCAUCAGCAGCAAGAGGAGACGAUCUGCCCCUGAAUAAACAACCCACCCCACAUCCCGAGCCCAGGCCAGAGUCCGAGAUAAUCAGGGUUUGGAUGAGAAUGAUGUUUAGUGUGAAGUUUAGUGCCUCACUGAUGAAGACAGGCUGGAGUUCAAGUUUGCCACUGCUUGUUUAG